AUGAGUGCCUCAACGGUUGUGUACAAUGUCCCUAGCGCAAUCGCCGGCACACUGGAGCACGUUAACCGUGUGAUUGCCUUGUACUUCUCCUUAAAUAUCCCUAAGAUGAGAUUGUUAGGUAAUGCCGGUUUUGGGGCCACAGUGCUUCUGGGAAUUGAAGAAGGUCGUCGAACGUGUGCAAAUGGCUUGCCUAUCAUCCCAUCCAGCAUUCGGAUGCUAGGUCGAUUCGAAAAAAUCAAAAGUGUAGAGCAUCCAAUGUCUGAAAAGGAAAUUCUUCAUGUCACUUCGCAAGUGGUUCAGGGAGUCUCAGCUGUUCACGAUGCCGGGUUUUGUAUGGGCAUACUUAAUUCUGAUUCUAUUCUGAUCAUUGGUUAUGAGAACGAUCUUCCAAAUGUUCGGAUCACUCAUUAUGGAGUGAGUUACAUUUCGAAGGAUGGCUGGGAUAUACAAGGUGGACUGCCGCUUGGGUAUUCUAUGGCACCAGAACAAUUUUUAAGAGAAUCCGCAACUGAAAGAUCGACGUUCAAAACGGAUGUGUGGGCACUCGGCGUAGUGUUACUGGAAAUGGCCACGAAAGUCUGCGCCUCAUUUUUCGCAUUGAACAGGGAUGUUUUGUUUGUUUUUACAGCUGCGAGAGGGUCACUGCUAGAUCCAAUUCUGAAUGCAUUACGAGCCGCAUCGUAUUCUGCGAGAAAUUUGGAACUGAAUGGAGAGCUCAGUGGCAUUAUGGAGCGAUGUUUUUCGUUAUUGCCGUCAGAUCGUCCUACACCUUACGAGCUGCUCUCUUUAACUAAUCACUCGCAGUUACGAGAUGCCAACUUGUUCGAAUCCGUGGAGAUUCUAAAUGAUCGAAUCCUGUCGAACAAUAGUUGUGACUGGAUUCUUCGUGAAAUGACCGUGCAAGAUGCUUUUUUUCUUUGGAGGCUUUGUGGUUCCGGUGUUGAAGCAAUACUAGUGCGAAAUAAUGUGAUCACUCUCCGUUAUCCCGUGCUUACCAAUCCAUGGUCGGACAGUUUUUCUCUUUUAAUUUCAUCUAUCGUAGUGGAAGAUCUUCAGAUGUUUGGUAAUGACGAAGCGCGGAGGUUUUAUGUGAAACCUGAAGUAGUGUUACUUCCAGAUAAAAAUAUACGCGAGGUAGUUUCCUUCCGCAUUUCAUGGAUUAUCAUGCUUUUCGAGUUCUUCUUGCAGAAAUUGGGCUCAAUUUCGACAGCAAAUGUUUUUCUGCAAUCACUUCUUGUUUCAUCCGACUCCAACUACACUCAAAACGAAAAUUUAUCUGUGAUUGUUAAGGAAAAGGAUAUGGUGUAUCAGGCGUCACGAAUGCGGUUAAUAGGUCACCUACUGGCCUCGCGCUUUUAUAAGAUUAAGGAACUGCUACAGUCGGUUGCUCGGGAUGUCCCACCGAUGAGAAGGGCAGAUGUGUGGUGCGUUUUGUUGGAUGUGCGGUCAAGUGACGAGUGGAACUUCUUUCACUGUAAUACCUUAGCGGUCCAUACGAGCGAUCGGCAGCUGGACGUGGACAUUCCACGUUGUCAUCAGUACGAAGAGCUGAUGACGUCACCGGCCGCACACUACUCUUUGCGACGUCUUCUGAAGGCAUGGCUUCUAAGUCAUCCUCAGUACGUCUACUGGCAAGGAUGCGACAGUCUGGCAGCACCAUUCCUCUUGCUGUACUUCAAUCGACUUCCUACCGCUCUCGCUUGUCUCACAGCUUUUAUCAGAAAAUAUCUCAACAAUUUCUUUCUCAAGGAUAAUUCAGCUGUGAUACAAGAGCAGCUCGCUGUGUUCAAUCAUCUGCUGGCUUUUGUGGAUGCAAAAUUGUUCACACGCUUGGUGUCGAUGGAGUUUUAUCCGGAAUUAUUUGCUAUUCCAUGGUUCCUAACCUGUUUCGCUCAUGUACUGCCCAUCUAUAAAUUAUUUCAUGUGUGGGACCAAUUACUUCAAAGGGAUUCGUCUUUUCCUUUGUUUAUAGGUCUGGCUAUUCUGCGCCAGCUUCGUCAAACUCUUAUUGAGUCGUCUUUUAAUGAUGCGAUAUUGCUGUUUUCAGAUCUUCCUGAUCUUUCGAUGGAGGUGGUUGUUGCGGAUUCCAUUGCAUACUACGAUCGCGUUCCACCCAGCUGUGCCUUCCGAUCUCACGCAUUCUCCAAUGACUCCCACCUACCGCCUCCUCGAGGGCUACCGUGCAGUCUUCAGAAUAUGGCCGCAGAGCUGAAGAAAUGGCAGUGUCCCCGACUCUCACGAGAAGAAUUCGCUUGGAGGGUCAUCGAUGAAUUGAUUCUGGUCAUCGAUAUCCGUUCGCAAAUCGAAUUUGGGAGAGGUUGCGUUUUACGAUCAAUCAAUUAUCCCAACGUUAACGACAGUUCACUCCUAAACAUUGCUGAACCGAUGAGAACUGCACAGAGAAAUCAGCAUCCAAUUUGCAUUGUUGGUGGAAAAGACAUGGAUAUAACACGAAAGGUUGGCGUUCUUAUACGGUAUAAUGAUGAAAGACGUUGA